AUGUCAUUAGAUCUCUCAUCUGACUGUGAGUGUCCUAAUUGUUUGGAGGGGACUCAGAAUGAGUCUGAUUGGAAUCCCUGUUCCAACAAGAGUGGUAAUGGCUCUUUAUAUUCAAGAUCAAGGAAGAAAUCUACGCUUUCUUGUAGCGUGCAGAGCUUUCCUUCUCAGUGUUGUCCCAUCAAGCCAGAGAGUGAUAACAAAGAAGACUCAGCAGUUCUUCCCUCAGACGAAGAAAGGUAUGUGGGGUCUUCUGAAAACAAUAAUCUCGUUCUGAGCCUUGAGGAUAUCAAAAGGAAACUCAAGCCAUUGAGAGAAUGGACUAUCCAAGAGUUACUGAGGGAGUUUGGGGAUAGUGGGAGGUUCCAACCAAACUCCAUGUCCCUGGGCUACUUUAGAGAUCAGGUCGUUUUAAAGUUCAGAAGAGCUCUGUAUUAUUCUGGAAUUUGGGUGAUGUAUGUUCAAGGCUACAAACCUCAACAGCACUUUACAGCUAAUUACUUUAAAAGAAAUCCUGGUUGCCUACACCGGCUGGUUCCCUGGCUGAAACAGGAACUAACAGCUGUUUAUGGAGAUUAUGGCCACACAGUAAAGAAUAUCCUAACCACCAUCCUCCAUCACAUGACACAAUAUGACUUGGACAGUGAGUCUUUUAUUCACUUCCUAGAACCUUAUCUCUUACAAUACACCCACCAUUUCCUACAUGAGUUUAUUAGUUUUGUUCAUUCACCUUACAACGUGGAGACCUAUGACCAGCGAGCCAUCUAUCAAUGUUCUGCUGCUUCACCAUGUGUAAAAGAGAAGCCCACUGCAUCAGCUUCUAUUUCCCCUUUGCCUAAGGAUCACACUGUACUGAUAUCUCAACAUAAUCUAAAGCAGCCUAAAAACACCCAGGGUCAAUGGAAUAAAGAGGAGAGGCCCCUGUCAGGCUUGAAACAGUUUUCAAAUAGUACCUCUUUCUUGAAGAAAUCUGAAAUCCCACCAGUCUAUGAUAAAAUAGUAAGCAAAAUCUAUGUUGGAAUCAAAGAUGAAGCCGAAUCAGGCAACCACAAAAGCAUCGUUUCUACAAAUAAUAUACUCCAGAAAUGGGCUACUCCAAGGGAAAGGUACCCAGGCUUACUGAAUUGCAAAAAAAAAGUUCAAGAUAAAAAGACGGAAGGAAUAAAGUUGUUUCCUGAUCAUGUUCAUGAUCUGGUAAAGAGUGACACAACUGCACACCCCUUCAGUACCCCAGCAAUUUCUAAUCAGGUGCAACCACAGAAAUACAGUUUAAGGGAAAGAAAGGGUUCGAGCAUUGGACAGAAGAUAAACUUUCAGAAAAAAGAAGAAAAUAGCAAAUACUCAGAUUCUUCACCAAAGACCUUGCAAAGAUUGUCCAGAGAAAGAUUCUUGAAAAGUUGCAAAUCCAGAGAGAGAGACCCCUCUUGGAGUAGCAUUUCAGAAAAUGCCUUUUCUCCUAAGACAGAUGGCGGGAAAGUGAGUUCUUUGAGAAAAAACUGAUUGAAGUGUACACAAUCUUCCCAGUUUGUAGAAAUUAGUUCACACCCCCAUAGAAGAAUCCAAAGACUAUCAAGGUCCACUACUCACAGAUCCAAAUCCUGGUGUGUUGGAUCUAGAAAGAGAUCUGUAAGCAGAGAAUCGAGUAAUCUCUCUCUGAGAGGAAGUCACAGAAGUGAAUACUUCCCCCAGCAUAUAUGCUGCAAGCCCUCAAAAGAAAAACAUGCACAUGGCAAUGAAUCAAACUAUGGGAGCCCAUCUUCAACUACAAUGCAAUACGUGAAGCUUUCUUCAACUGCUACAAAGAGAACCAAGUGUCCUUCUAAAAGUGAAGGUGCUCCCCAAGCAGGAAGACACUGUAACAGUCCCACAUGCCUACAGCUCCAGGAACACAGACCCCCAAGUAAACAGGAGAUAAAGCAAGAAAAUACAUUUCCUAGAGCUAGAAGAACUAGAGCAGUUAGGCACAGAAAAACCAAAUGCCAUUAUUCAGACAUACACACCACAGAGGACAUCAGUGAUGAACUGAGCAAUGUGGAUGAUAUAAGACAAAUGAGUGGAUGUCUGAAUAUGCACCAUCCUGCAGGAGGCAAAUCCACCAAAACAGCAUUUGAAUCUUUAGAAUGUUCACUGGGUCAAGAAAGAAUAUAA